CCCCCCUCCUCCCUCGCUGCUCUCCACUCGACCAUGACCGAGUCAACUGCCACACCGUCGCCCCUCACCGUCCUCCGGUCUCCCAACGGACAUGUUGAGUGGCACCCCGGAACCGUGCCAAUCGUCAUCUGCGUACCGCAUGAUGGCCAGCAGGAGGCCGACCAUCUCCCCGACCGGCCGCGAGGCGUGCACGAGCCCGAUCGGAACACCCGCGCCGCGGCCCUGGCCAUCUCGGAAUCCUUCCGGAAUAGCCGCAAGAUCGCGGCCUUCUUCUUCGGCGAGGCCGUCACCGACCAGCAGCAGGCCGUGCCGCAUUUGAUCAUCUCCAAUCUCCCCCGGUCCAAGCUCGACCCGAAUCGCAGCAUCGGCGAGGCGGCCCAGGGUCUGCCGGACGCCAGCCGCGCCUGGUAUGCCUACCACUCGUACAUCGAGCGGGCCAAGCAGCUGGCCUACCGCCAGACGCUGUCCCUGUGCUCGGCGUCGCCGGCCGCGCGGCUGCAUCUGGCCCGCGGCAUUGGGCCCUGCUGGCCGCCACGCGUGCUGCUGAUCGACCUGCAUGGGCAGUCGCAUCCGGAGGACUGGCUGGAGGUGGGAUACUGCAUCCCGGCACACGGCCUGCGGGACAUCCGGCAGGCGUCCCUCACAGCGGCCACCCCCGAGGCCAGCCCCUUCCGGCUGUACCAUCUGUUGGACAUAGUGCGCAAUACGUCGGUCCGCGCAGCCAUCGAAGAUGAGUGCCUGGCCACCGCCAUCGAGACCAUCAUCGAUCGGAACCACCACUCGGAUCUGUGCCCGGAGAGUGUCCAGGCCACCGCCAAGCGGAUUUGGUGCCUGCUCGGCGGCUGCCGGUCCCUCGGGUCCCACAUCGCUGCGCGCGGCUGGCGCGCGGUUCCCUCACUGGAAGAUGCCCUGCCCUUUGGCAAGGCUCCGGCCAAGACCGGGGCCGGUGUCGAGCCGGCCACCCCGCCUGCCAUGACGGUGGCCAUGGGGCCGGCCGGGCUAUCCCCCUCGGAUCCCCCGCUCCCCGGGGUGCCGUGCAUGUCCGGCGGCACGCCCACCACCACGUGCAACUACUUCUUCGGCGGCUACACCUCCAUCCGCCAUGGGUCCAUGUCCUCGCCCUCGCGCGCAUCCCGGUGCUCCUUCUCCCGGCCAGGGCUUGACGGGCUGCCGCAACAGCCCCUCGCCGAGGGGGAAGCCAUCGACCGGUCGCACAACAUCAGCUGCGUGUCCGUGUGCGAUGCCUACCAGGUGGAAUUGUCGCCGCGCUGCCGCGACCCGAGCAACAUCGCCAACUUCAGUCGAGAUUUUUCGUUCGCUGUGGCGGAGUUCUACGCCAAAAACUACCUGUCGCCCUCCUUCAACCUGGUGGACGAGAAAUGCCGCUGCCCGACCGGCGGGCCGGAGCCUGUCACCGGCCAGUGAGCACCCGGGGGGGGGUCUCCUUCUCCCAUCUGGCCGCCAGCAGAGCUGGUCCGGGGCGUCGUCCCAUUCUUCCAGGGCGCCUUCCCCGAGGUGAAUGGAUGCCCCUCUCUCUC